AAAGAGCGUCAAAGCGUUUUUGAAUAAAGAACCUUCGACCUCAAAUAUUUUUCCUUGACGCGUUUUUUGAAUAAAAGGCCUUCAAAUCACUGUUGAGACUAAGCUGUGUUUUUAAAUAAAACCCACUUGUCUUUCAUCUUUCUCACCUCUUCAUAUAAUUGAUAAAAACGAGUCUAGACCGAAACCCGAAUAGGCCUGAGUCUUAACCGUUUUUAUAUUAUAUUUCGAUCGAGUGAAAUUCUGAAAGUCUGAGAUUCUGAAAUUGUGAAAGUCUAAACAUUUUGGAAUUCAGAGUGUAGUCACACUGUCAGAAUGUAUGAGGGUGAGAGUGAGUCACUUUCUGUUAUCAUAACACAAUGAAAAACAUGGUCCCUACGGAGACUCGAGCCAGGUCUUUGGUUCACGGUUCCAAAGAUCUAACCCUGAGCGACUGAGAGCCAGCAUUAACCAUGUUAUUCAUUUGCUAUGUUAUGAAUAUUUUACUGUAUAAUGUGAAAUUGUUAAUUUUUAUCACCUGAGAGUCUGAAAUUCUACACAUUUUGUAAUUCAGGCUAUAGUCACACGGUCAAAUUCUGAUAGUGUGAAGUUCUUCUCAAAUUCUGAGAUGCUGCUGAGAUUUUUGUGAAAUUCCUGAAAUUCUUGUGAGAUUCUGAAAUUCUAAACAUUUUGUAAUUCAGUCUAUGGUCACACUGUCAAAUUUGUAAUUGCAUUUGUUGAUAUAGGGUUAAAACAGAUCAAGACGAGAUUAACAACUAGAAAUGAAAAUGUUAGUUGUUGAUCUCGUACAAAUUAUUUUUCGAAAACGUCGAAGAUAACCCGAAAAAAAGAUUGAUAUGGAUUCAAACAAUCUAAAUCCUAAAAGUAGACACUCCGAUUCGCUUGGCUAUGUGCUUAACUGAGAAAUUUACUUUUGGCUUGAUUCACUGUGGAAAGAUGAGAGAGCCUUAAGUAUCUAAUAUAAUGUUUUGUGUGAUGAUUUGUGAAAAGUAGGAUGCAGGAAGUCUUUCGACCGAUUAUCUUCUUUUUGUGAAAGCACAUUUUGAAAUGAACUAAAAUUGCAUUUGUGAGUAUGGAGAUCAAAAUGUACUAAGGCUGUUUUUGAACUUUCAUGAUCUAUUUAAAAAAAAGUCAUAGCUUACACAACAAAUAUCGGUUUUGGCAUUUGCUCCUAAUAGAAACCAAUAUCUAUAUCAUACAGUCCUGCUUAACCGUCUCGCAGAAUACGCUUGAACGUUUUUUGCCUUGUGAAAAGACGGAUUUAGGUUUUGUAUCAGAGAAAAAACGUUCAAGCGUAUUCUGUGAAGCGGUCAAGCAGGACUGUAUGAUAUGGAUAUCGGUUUCUAUUAGGAGCAAAUGCCAAAACCGAUAUUCAUUUUGUAAUUGCUACAAUUUUUUUUCAGAGAAUAUACAGCUCUUAUAGCGAUCAUACUAGUCACAAAAGUUCCAUAAGUCAUAGCAGUCAUAAAAAUUAAAAUGUCCUGUAUGCCAUGGAAGAUUAGAAAUCGUGCAAGCCGAAAAUAUAAAUGUACUAAGUACAGCCACAAAGCUAAAACAUGCACAUAUUCUCUACACAUCUAACGUGUUGUAUCUAUGUCUGUAAUAUGUUUUGAUCUUUACUAUUGAUACUUAUGCUUGAAUGUUGUUGUCUGACUGUUAUUCUAAAACACCAGUUGUUAUGUGGCUAUCUGUUUUUACAUAACACAGACACACAGUUACUAUAGCAGAGAUACACAAUUAAAAACGAGAAGAGUAUCCUCUCGCGAGAUCCUGUUUUUCUAAAAACGUUACGGAGAAUGUAAUUCCUUAGAUAGUUAUAACAUUCUUCUUGGUUAAUUCUUUCCUAUACCUAUUGUUUACUUAUCGGUCACCCUCACCUCUCAGAAUAUGGGCAAGAUCCAAAGUUACCACCACAUCAACCACCGACGAUGGUUAUUUUUAACAAACUCUUUGAGUAUUUUCAGCAGCUGAAGAAAAAUUUAAAAAUUUACCAUCAACUUGCCCGUCAGAACACGUUAUAUCCACAACGAUUAGCAAAGAACCGAUAUGACAAAGGGACAAAAGGUUCCAAAUAUGAAACUGGUCAAUUGGUAUUAACAAAAAUACAAGGUGUUAGACCAAAACUGGACGAAAAGUAUUCAAAAGUACCAUCCAGGAUCAUUAAUGUUAAACACCCAGUUUAUGGGGUGGAGGAUGUCAACACAAACAAAAUAGCAAGAGUACAUGUCAGUGAUCUACGUCUUCUGCUAGAAAAUGUUCAAAAUUAAUCCAAAAAGUAGCUACUACAUUUUUACUGGCAUUACUAGAAACUGCAUGUGUUAUUUACAACCGCCCUAUGCAAUGAUUCAUCUUGACGUGACCGAUAAAUAAACAAUGGAUAUAGAAAAGAAUAAACCAAGAAGAAUGUUAUAACUAUCUAAAGAAUUACCAUUCUCCUUAACGUUUUUAGAAAAACAGGAUCUCGCGAGAGGAUACUCUUCUCAUUUCUAUUAGCUUCUCUACAUUGUGUAACAGUUACUGUUUCUUUGUACCAGUACAACUAGCAGUUUAUCCUUCGCUAAUUUAUCUACUCUUCGUGUAUUUUAGCAUCUUAAACUAUUUUGUUUAUUUAGUAGAAAACAGUAGUUUUCUCGUGAUUUAUCUACUUGUAGAUUAAUUCAUUACGAAAAGUUUCUUCUUGGUCUUACGACCGUAAAAAACAAUUAUUUAAUGAAGACCUACGUCGUAAAUAUCCAGCAUUUCGAUUUACCACAAUCACCUCAACAAAACAAAAGUUGAAAUCGUACCCCAAAUUUAUUACCUCAACAACCAAACAACGAAUUUUAGCUGCUCCACAGGACAGUUUGGAAUUUGAUCAUGACCCAGAUCAUGAAUUAUGCACAUGCGAAUUUAGACCUUACAAAGAUCCUCACAACCCAAAUGCUUGGGCACUUCAACGUGCAAUGGCACUUCGAUUUGAGCAAUUUUUAGAUAAGGCAUACACAUGUGCCAAGUGGUCUGGUGGAAUUGAUCUCAAACUGGGUACAUGGAAGUUUGGUGAUCCUGUUUUACGUUCACAACAAGAAUCAUUACGUCGUAAAAUGGAAAAAUAUGCAGUGAAUGAUGUCUUAUCGGUUUUAUAUAUUUUUCAACAAAAGCAACAACAUCUUAAAAAGAAAACCAAAAGUAGUACGGCCGAUCCAGAAUUGGUACGACAGUCGAAGGAGCAACACACAACAUUGGCUAAAUUAUUUAUUACUAGGUCAAAAGUUUUAUUCUAUUCUUUGUUAGCCGCAGCUUUACUAUGGAUGAUACCAAUUAAUUUACCGGGCGGUAUGCGUAACAAACUUUGUAUAUUCUUAAUUACCGUCGGAAUUGCUGCUGCAUGUGAAAUGUAUGAAAUCCACAAAAAGAUGGCUGAAUGGAAAAAUUGA